AUCAAUACCACUCACCUCACCGCAGACUAGCCCUGGUAUGGCCACUCUACAGGGCUGAGAUAGCGCCCGAAGUACCACUUCUCCCCCCGCCUCUCGUCAUCCCCUCGCCCUGCUACCUCCACUCUCUUCCUUGGCCGCCGCAAUGGUCGCCGGCGACCACAACAGACCCGCCAUGGCCCGGCAACUGUCCAACGUCUUUGAGCCGCCUGUGCCAAAGCAGUCGGGAAGGCUCUCGAGCUUGCCUGGAGGCAGACCAGCUCUCUUCGCUUUUGGACUCUCCCUUGUAGCAUACACACUCCAGACCGAAGCAGCGCAAUAUGUCCAGCAGGGACUCGGAUACCGCAAGCCAUUUCUCAGCCUGUACCUCGGCCACUCCGGCUUCACAAUCUUGCUCCCGCUCCAUCUGCUCUUCCUCAGGUAUACCACCAAGCUCCCUUACAGUCACUACCUUCACAUCAUUGCACAGAACCUCCACUGGCAGCUCAGCACACCCACCAGGCAUGUAGAAGGGAAGGUUCAAGAAGACAUUAGGAGGAGACUCAGUAUGCACAGCGGCAGAGAUGGACGAAUGGGCUACUCUGAUCGUGUAGAAGCUCAUCUCGACGAAGAGGAAGAGGAUCUGCAGUCGCAAUCUGCCAGUAGGCCGUCACUGAGUCGUCCUAUCUCCUUCCGAGACUCGCUGCAUCUCUCCCAUCCCCACCUAGCCUCAAGCAUACCCGGCCCCCCACCCUACAAGAGUGCCGCCCAGCGAACCUUUGGCUUUGAUCUCCCCAAACUCAUACUAAUGCUCCUGACGCUCAUGGGAGCCAUUACCGUACCUGCUCUCAGCUGGUACUGCGCUGUACCCAUGACCUCCAUGGCGGAUAUUACCGCGCUGUACAAUACCUUUAGUGUGUGGGCAUUGGUGUUUAGCGUGUGGUUCUUUGGGGAAAAGUGGAGCAGGUACAAGGUCACUUCUGUCCUCCUCGCAUGUGGAGGAGUCAUCGUCGUAGCAUAUGGAGGCGGUGAGGAGGGAGAGCACAGGAGACGGCCCAAGGAGCUCGAUCCUGUCUAUGGCAAGCCCUCGGCGACCUCUUCUGCCUCUUCUGCUAUUCUGGCCACAUCGACAGUCAGCGGCACCGGCGCUGAACGCACCCCUACACAAGCAGUGGAGGCUCGCCUGGCUGAGAUUGCGCAACGCGAGACGGAUGCCAGGGAUGAUCAAGUCCUCGAGUUCGUGCCACGGAGGCCCACUGCAGCGAGUGCUACUCUGAAGCAAGCACGUGCGGAAACUUCUACGCCCUCUCCCUCUCCGGAGGACUCUGCUUCAAAUCCCCUCUUGGGGGACCUGCUUGCCCUCUUUGGAGCAAUCACAAUGGCUGCGUACGAGAUGGCCUUCAAGCUCCUCGGCACACUCCCUGACGAGGAAGGCCAGAAGAAGCGGUGGGAUCGAGCGCAGGGCGGUAGCAGCGGUGCUGGUAGACGGUCCAGGGCGGGAUCGAGAGCGGGAUCGAGGCCGAGCUCGAGGCAUCAACGGAUCGUCAGUGGCGAAGCUGAUGACGAGGAUGAGGAGGAGCAGUUGCUCGCCGAGUCGGAGGAGCAGGAGCGCGAUCCUCGCUCCAAGCACUCCAGCAAGCGCGGGAGAAAGGAGCGUAACCACGUCCUCGGCCUAUCCGACGCCGAGUCCCCAGAGGCCGGCGGCGCCGGCGGCUCCCUCUCUGUCCCCAAGCAGUCAACCGAGCGCUCCGCUAUCUGGUCCCCCUCUGGCGAUAUCGUCUCUCCUGCGGCUGCCGACAGCAGUGGCGCUCGAGUACCACCGGACUACGGGUCUGGUGCUAGCUCGCCCUUCCUCUCCAUUGAGAAUGGCGCCUUCUUAGGCAGCGGGUCGAAGAGGGCCAGUAGUGCAGACGGGGGCGGUGGUAGUCGUCGUGGCAGUCGAGGGAUGCCGAGCGAUCCGCUCAGCGUUGAGGCCGUUAAGGACCGAUUGAAGGCUAGCGCUAGCGACCGGAGACGCGUUGGCAAUGCUACUGGCGAAUCUCGCACUCGACAGAGCAGGGCGAGAUCCGCACUAGUGUCAGACGAAGAUGAAGAAAUUGAGACGGAAACCGAGACAGAGACGGAGACGGAGAGUGUUCUCCAAUCUGGAGAUGAAGAGGAGAUUCUGGCUGGAGGAACAAGACUUGGGCGCAAUCGACCUUUUUCAUCGUCAAAGAAGGCAGGCGCGGGCUCUGGGAGAGGAGCUGGUAAGCGAAGGACGGUCCUAUUUGAUCAGGACACUCCAUACGAUCACGAUCAGCACGGAGAUUCCGCUGAUAGCGAGGAAGAAGAUGGGGAGCAAGAUCCAGACGAGACUCUUCGAGAGGUCCCCCGCGAGAGUCGCCAGCAUCACUCCGCCUCCUCCUCCUCCGGUGCGGUUGCGAGGUCCAUGGCCAGAGACGCCAGUGAGCAAAUGUGGAUCCCACCUCCGCUGCCCUUUGGUCUGCAUGCGAACAUCAUGACGACGGGAAUUGGAGUGGUGACGGCGGGGACGCUUUGGAUUGGUGUGCUCGUGGCCCACCUGACCGGUUGGGAGCCCUUUGAGCUACCGCACAAUGCAGUCACUGUAUUUGCCAUUCUCUUUGUAGUCUUUUCAGGAGUCAUCUUCAAUGCCUGCUUCAUGCUCCUCCUCGCCCUCUGGGGUCCAGUGACCGCCUCUGUCUCCUGCCUCUUAAGCACAGUCGCCGUAGCCAUCUUUGAUGCUCUCCUUCGGGGCGCAUUCUCAAUCGUUUCACUGGUGGGGUGCUGCUUCAUUGUAGGAGGAUUUGGAUUGUUGAUGAUGGAGGGGGGACACUGAAGUGGAUAGAGGGAGACGCCAAGGGGAAGGAUUGGUAUGGAUGCAUUAUAUACUCUACUCUACUCUACUCUGCUCUGCUCUGCUCCACUCCUCGCCUCGCUGCACGCUCUGCAGUCACCCUCCUUCAGAAUGUACAAAUGGCCCGCUGCCCCUCCUCUCUCUCUCCUGUCUCUUCUCCUGUCCAACGCCUCUACCCGCCUCCCGCAUCUUUCCCUUGUAUUUCCUUCUUGCAACCACAUAUAUGCAUAUACACAAAACCAUGCCUGCACUGCUCGAUCCAAACCACUCCUCGGGUCAACCGCCUACGUCUCACCCGCACCAGUAGCAGCAGAAGUAGCAGCAGCAGCCUCGGCCGAUG